CUCGUAUAUAUACACAGUAUCUACUACAGCGUUGGCUAUUUAAUAUGGAUCAACUCAUAAACAACUUGGAGAUCCAACUUAAUUCAGAAGGUGGCUCAAUGCAUAUAUUCAAACAGGUCACUGGCCCUGUUAAAAUUAGAGAUUCUCUUAAGGCAGCAGACAGAGGUAAUAUGACAUCUCCACCACUCCUGGAUGCCAACCCCAUGGAGAACCCAGCACUGUUAAAUGACAUCAAGAUUGAGCCCCCAGAAGAACUUCUGGCUAAUGAUUUCAACCUGCCCCAGGUGGAACCAGUUGACCUCUCCUUUCACAAGCCAAAGUCUCCUCUUCAGCCUGCCAGUAUGCUUCAAGCUCCAAUACGUCCUCCCAAGCCACAGUCUGCUUCCCAGACUCUUGUAGUAUCCACUUCAACAUCAGACACAGGCACUUCAGCAAACAUCCCUACUGUUCUGACUCCAGGCUCUAUCCUGGCCUCCUCUCAGGGCACUGGUGGCCAGCAGAUCUUACAUGUGAUUCACACCAUCCCCUCAGUCAAUCUGCCAAAUAAGAUGGGUAGCCUGAAGGCCAUCCCAGUGAUGGUGCAGUCGCUGCCCAUGGUGUAUACUACUUUGCCUGCAGAUGGGAGCCCUGCAGCCAUUACAGUCCCACUCAUUGGAGGAGAUGGCAAAAAUGCUGGAUCAGUUAAAGUUGACCCCACCUCCAUGUCUCCACUGGAGAUCCCAAGUGACAGUGAGGAGAGUACAAUUGAGAGUGGAUCCUCAGCCUUACAGGGUAUUCAGGUACAAGAACCAGCAGCAAUGAGCCAAAUGCAGGGAGAAGAAUCCCUUGACUUGAAGAGAAGACGGAUUCAUCAGUGUGAUUUUGCGGGAUGCAGCAAAGUGUACACCAAAAGCUCUCACCUGAAAGCCCACCGAAGAAUCCAUACAGGAGAGAAGCCUUAUAAAUGCACCUGGGAUGGCUGCUCCUGGAAAUUUGCUCGCUCAGAUGAGCUAACCCGCCAUUUCCGCAAGCACACAGGCAUCAAGCCUUUCCGGUGCACAGACUGCAAUCGUAGCUUUUCUCGCUCUGACCACCUUUCUCUGCACCGCCGGCGCCAUGACACCAUGUGAGCGGCACAGACUGCACUAGAAGAGAUGCACUGGUCUCUUUCUUGUGUGUGUGUGUGUGUGUGUGUGUGUGUGUGUGUGUGUGUGUGUGUGCGCGCGCGCGCGCGCACGCGCAAUGGGAUCAUGACCAUCUUUUCCUCUUUGACUCAGCUUGCCUCUGGGAUGGGAUUGGAACAGUUCACUGAGCCAGGCUGACGAAACUGGAGGAAAAGAUAGCUGAUCUUCCAUAGGGACUCUUUAUAUCCUACCUUCAUUUCUCCACUGACUAGUCCCCAGUUUUUUCAACCUCCGCAUGGGUUGAAUUCCAGUGCGGCACCCAUGGUUGCCCCCCUCCCGUCCCUGUUAUGAGAUAGGACAUUUCUCCUACAAUAAGAAAACAGGAAUCAAAUUCAAGGCUGUGAACAAACAUACGCUGCUUUUUGUUCUUAUUUUCCUCUUGUUUUAUAGAAUUCUUAUCCAUAUUUCUGAAUCAGUACAUCAAAGUGGUUGGUAGUGUCCUAAAUUAACUUUUUUCAAGUUCCUAGACAGAAGAGGGCAUAACAUCGUAGUUGGCUGAUAAGAUUUACAGGGAUUUGGGUCCUGAGUAUAGGGCACAUUCUCAGUGAAUAAGCUGAGUCCCAUACCAAGCUCUAAGGUUUUGUAAAACCAAUCCUAUUUGUUCUUACAGUUUGAUUUUCAGACAGUGCUGGUGCUUCUUGCUUCUUUAGUCCAUCAAAGAGAAUGAAAGGAUCUUUUUGUCCUUCUCCUUUUCCUCCUCUUCUUCCUUCUCCUCCUUCAGGAUUAAAUAUUUUGCUGCACAAUUACAUUCUUUGUUUUGUUAAAUUUGGACAAAAAUUCAAAGCACACAUCGACAUGCCAGUAGGGUAAAAAGUGUUCCAGGAGAGUAAGAUGGGCAGUGACAGAAACAAGUAGACCCAGGAUGAUCCUGAAAACAAAUAGAGGAGGACUUUUUUUGGAUAGGAUAUCAAAAGUACUAUAACCACAAGUCUCAUUCAAAUGGCAAUCUGUUGAGACAGUGUCUUGAGGGGCUACACUGUACUGUUUAUUCUUCUGUUUACAUAAAGCAACUGUUAUGCACACAUUGCAUGAUGAGAAGUGACACACUGGGGCCAUGUUAUACAGAGGUGAGGGGUUGGAAGAAGAAAAUGUGUUAAGUCCAUGACAUUUUUAGCAUGCAUUCCUAUGUUUCAAAUGGAACUAUAAGAGGCUUUUAGUGAAAACUGACUAACAGAAAGCAAUUCGAUGUUCUGAAACUGCUAUGAACAUCUAAGCCAUUUAUUUUAGCCAUUAUAACAUGUUGCAUAAUAUACACAUUUGGUUACCCAAUCAGACUGUUUUAUAAUAGUCUCUGGGACAUAAAAUCCUCUGUUCCAGGCCCUGGACCUCAAAUCUACCUCCACAUGGCAUAUUUCCUCUCCUGGGGUCAGGGAGGGGAGGUUUGCAUCACUUAAUUGUGGACACAGCCUCUCUCCUGGAAAAGACUGUCUUCAUAUGGUACCCCUUUUCCUUGGCAGAUAUUCAACCAGUCUCUCUUGAAUACUUCAGGUUAUUACUUCCCAAGGCCACCUAGUCUGACUAAAUCAUAGAAUUCUGGCACCAAGAAGGCAUCCUAUUAACUAUCUAGUCCUACCCAUCAUUAAUAUUUUACAGAUGAGACAAAUACAGGUCAGAUUAGUUCCCCAGAUGUUUCCUUGAGGCCUUACAGACCUGCACACCCAUUCUCCCAGGGAUCACAUUAUUAAACCAAAUUAAAGAAAAAUUUACAUGAUUGGUUGCAGUAUUUGUCCAAGUUUAUAUG